GCGAGGCCGCCGCCCGGGGCUCUGGUGGCGUUCGGCAGUGGCAGUGGCGCUUCCCGCCGCCCGAGCUUCGGAAACUUCCCAGCCGCGACGCACAGAGCGGGUGCAGGGACCCGAGCUUAGCGGAGCGCCCGCCCGACGUGCAGAGAGCCGCGCGCCCAUGGAGAGUCUGGGCCGCUCGUGCCUGUGGCUGCGCCGGGAGCUGUCGCCCCCGCGGCCGCGGCUGCUGCUCCUGGACUGCCGCAGCCGCGAGCUGUACGAGUCGGCGCGCAUCGGCGGGGCGCUGAGCGUGGCCCUGCCCGCGCUGCUGCUGCGCCGCCUGCGGAGGGGAAGUCUGUCGGUGCGCGCGCUCCUGCCCGGGCCGCCGCUGCAGCCGCCUCCCCCUGCCCCGGUGCUCCUGUACGACCAAGGCGGGGGCCGGCGACGGCGCGGGGAGGCCGAGGCCGAGGCUGAGGAGUGGGAGGCCGAGUCGGUGCUGGGCACCCUGCUCCAGAAACUGCGUGAGGAAGGCUACCUGGCAUACUACCUGCAAGGUGGCUUCGCCAGAUUUCAGGCCGAAUGCCCUCACCUGUGUGAAACCAGCCUCAGUAGUGGUGCUGGCUCAAGCAUGGCCCCAGUGCCCAGCCCAGUGCCUGUGGUGGGGCUGGGUGGCCUGUGCCUGGGCUCCGACUGCUCUGACGCGGAAUCUGAGGCUGACCGCGACUCCAUGAGCUGUGGCCUGGAUUCGGAAGGCACCACGCCUCCUCCAGUGGGGCUGCUGCCAUCCUUCCCAGUCCAGAUCUUGCCCAACCUCUACCUGGGCAGUGCCCGGGAUUCGGCCAACUUGGAGAGCCUGGCCAAGCUCGGCAUCCGCUACAUCCUCAAUGUCACCCCCAACCUUCCUAACCUCUUCGAGAAGAAUGGUGACUUUCACUACAAGCAGAUCCCCAUCUCUGACCACUGGAGCCAGAACUUGUCCCAGUUCUUUCCGGAGGCCAUUGCAUUCAUUGAUGAGGCCUUGUCCCAGAACUGCGGGGUGCUCGUCCACUGCCUGGCAGGGGUCAGCCGCUCUGUCACCGUCACCGUGGCCUACCUCAUGCAGAAGCUCCACCUCUCACUCAACGACGCCUAUGACCUGGUCAAGAGGAAGAAGUCUAACAUCUCGCCCAAUUUCAACUUCAUGGGGCAGCUGCUGGACUUUGAGCGCAGCCUGCGCCUGGAGGAGAGGCGCUCCCAGGGGCAGGGCAGUGGGGGCCAGGAGUCCGCCACCUCCGACCCACCCUCCUUCUUUACCACCCCCACCAGCGAUGGGGUCUUUGAGCUGGACCCCACAUAAGACCCUGUGGGGCUGGCAGGGCUGGUCCCCACCCACAACCCCACUCCCAGUGGGUGCUCU